AUGCACUGCGCAAUGGACUUCACCAGGCUCUCCACCCCCAAACCUGCCCCCAUCUUCACGCGUCCCCUCACCUGGGUCACCUCCACCGCCCUCCGCCACCAACGCCGCCACCUUCCUCCCCCAACCCCCCCACCAACCCCUCCGCCGCCACCUCACCCCACUCCUCUGCAAACCUCUUACGACGCGCCUCUCACCCUUCUACCUUCCAUUCUAACCAGCAGGGUUCUAGAUUCUUCCAAAUGUAAAUCCAUUUUGCCCCAUUUGUCCCCCCACGAAUUCGAUCGCUUAUUCUUGCCCCUCCACCACACCGUUAACCCCAAAACGACACACGACUUCUUCCGUUUCGCCACUUCCCGUUUUAAGUUCCGGUUCACCGUUCGCUCCUAUUGCCUCCUCCUCCGCUCGCUUCUUGCUUCCAGUUUUUUGCCGCGCGCCAGGUUUUUGCUAACUCGUUUGAUCGACGGCCACGUUCCGACGUCGUUUGACGACCGCGAGACCAGGCUCCGCGAAAUAGCUUCCUCAAUGUUGGAGCUGAAUCAGGUUUCGGAUAAACGACUCGGCGAAUUGGAUUUGUUGCUCCACAUUCUCUGCUCUCAGUUCAAGAGUUUUGGCUUCCGUUACGCUUUUGAUAUUUUCAUCAUGUUUUCGAAGAAGGGCGUUUUCCCGUGUUUGAAAACUUGCAAUUUUUUGAUGAGCUCGUUGGUGAAGGCCAAUGAGCUUCACAAGAGUUAUGAAGUGUUUGAUGUUAUUUGUCAAGGCGUUGCGCCUGAUGUUUUUACGUUCACCACCGCCAUUAACGCGCUAUGCAAGGGAGGGAGAGUUGGAGAAGCUGUGGAUUUGUUCCGCAUGAUGGAGGGGCACGGUGUUUCGCCGAAUGUGGUUACUUACAACAAUGUGAUUGAUGGGUUGUGUAAGAGUGGGAGGUUAGAUGAGGCGUUUCAGUUUAAGGAUAGGAUGGUUAGGAGCAAUGUGAAUCCGAGUGUGGUGACCUAUGGUGUGCUCAUCAAUGGUUUGAUGAAGUUGGAGAAAUUUGAGGAGGCGAGUGAAGUGUUGGUUGAAAUGUACAGCAAGGGUUUUGCUCCCAAUGAGGUUGUGUUUAACGCACUGAUUGAUGGGUACUGCAGGAAUGGGAAUAUGAUUGAGGCAUUGAGGAUUAGGGAUGAGAUGGUAUUGAAAGGCGUGAAGCCUAAUUCUGUUACUUUUAAUACCCUUUUACAGGGUUUUUGCAGGAGCAAUCAAAUGGAGCAGGCUGAGCAGGUAUUGGGGUACAUAUUGUCUAGUGGUUUGUCUGUUAACAUGGAUGCGUGUUCAUAUGUGAUCCAUCAGUUGUUGAAAAAAUCUAGUUUGGAUUCAGCUUUAAAAAUUGUGAGAGAGUUGUUGUUGAGGAACAUCAAGGCUAAUGAUAGCUUGCUAACCCAGUUGGUCUGCGGACUUUGUAAAUGUGAAAAACAUUUGGAAGCGAUUGAGCUUUGGUUUAUGUUGGCAGGUAAAGGGCUUGCUGCCAAUACAGCGACCUCAAAUGCGCUUCUCCAUGGACUUUGUGAACGAGGGAACAUGGAGGAUGUUUUCAAAAUACUCGAACAAAUGCUUGAGAAAGGUUUGUUACUGGAUAGGAUCUCAUACAACACACUUAUUUUUGGCUGUUGUAAAUGGGGUAAAAUUGAUGAAGCUUUCAAACUCAAGGAAGAGAUGGUUCAGCAAGAAUUCCAACCAGAUACGUAUACCUACAAUUUCCUAAUGAAAUGGUUGGCUGAUAUGGGUAAAAUAGAUGAUGUUCAUAGGCUUUUGCACGAAGCUGAAGAAUAUGGCAUAGUUCCCAAUGUCUAUACACAUGCACUUUUAUUAGAAGGAUAUUGUAAGGCUGAUCGGAUUGAAGAUGCUAUAAAAUUGUUUAAGAAACUAGUUUAUGAGAAAGUAGAGCUAAGUUCUGUUGUUUAUAACAUACUUAUUGCAGCCUACUGUAGAGUUGGGAAUGUGACAGAAGCCUUCAGACUGCGUGAUGCUAUGAAGAGUGGGGGCAUGCCACCUACUUGUGCUACAUAUUCUUCUCUAAUACAUGGAAUGUGCUGUUUUGGCCGUGUGGAUGACGCAAAGGAAAUUUUUGAAAUAAUGAGAAAUGAAGGCUUGUUUCCGAAUAUAUUUUGUUAUACUGCUCUAAUUGGUGGUUACUGUAAGCUGGGUCAGAUGGACAAAGUGGAGAGUAUCUUACAGGAAAUGUCUUCAAAGAGUAUACAACCUAAUAAAAUUACAUACACUAUUGUGAUUGAUGGGUAUUGUAAAUUAGGAAAUGUGAAAGAAGCUACAAAAAUUUUAAAUGUGAUGAUAAGAAAUGGAAUAGCUCCAGAUACCAUUACUUACAAUACACUAGAAAAAGGAUAUUGCAAGGAAAGGGAGCUAGAAGUUACUUUACAAAGUGAUCAUAUGUCUAACAUAGGACUACCCUUAGAAGAAGAAAUUACUUAUAACACAUUGGUUCACAGGUUGCAUCCACAUACAGCAGUUAUCAAUAAAGAACGAUGA